GGGAAAUUAGAUAUCUUGGAAAGAAGUAGAAGUACGCAUGGAAACUUCUCUUCCAAUUAUCUUUGAAGUGAAGAUAUAUCUAUGUCCUCCUGCUGACCCAAACGCACCUUUACGGCACUUCCUUACACAGCUUAGCUCUGCCUCGGCUACUCAAUCCUUCACUUGACGACACCAAUUCAACCAGCUUCUAGCACUCACGAUCCCAGGAACAAUCAUGUCUUCUCGCAAUACAGAAUCACGGUCAGACUUAAAGUCCGUCAACUCCCGGUCAUCUAUCGCAGUCCCACCACAGCCAUGGUACCACAUAUCGCUCCGAGCCGUCGUGCUCGUUCUCCUUCCACUCUUCUCUCUAGCCGGCUUCUACGGAACGAUGGUUCUCGCCGAUGCAAAUGGUACCUUCAAGGGCAUUGUAUCGCUUAUCGACUCCAAGGAACCAAAAUUUCCCGAUACGAAUGACGAUUUGUUGAUGCGGUAUACGAAUGUUGGAUGGUUGGAUAGACAAUUGACUAUCCUGGUUACGUUCUUUGCGCCUGUGGUGGAUAUGAAUCAAGGUGCACUGUCCAUGUUUUCCAUCUUUGGCACAGGACAGUUUGGUGCGGCAUGGGCGUUAAUGGUUAUGGAGAGUAUGCGAGCUGGAAAUCGGUGGAAGGUCGUGAGUUUUAUCGGCACCUUUGGCCUCUUCAUCCAAAACAUCAGUUACACAGUCACCGUUCCCAUCUGGCUCUUCAUCCACCUCCUCACCUCGCCAGUGUCCAAACCGUUUCCGGGCACCCAGUCCACCAGCGUGCUUCACAUCUCCUCUUUAGACCUCGGUAUCCUCCCCGUCUCCAUAACACUUAGUUACAUCCUCCCAACCUUCCUCAUGGGUCUUGAGUACCCCCACACCGUCUCAACACUCACCCAUCAGCGCCUCAUCGCCCUCUGGCAACCCUUCCCUCUCUGGACAGUCCUCAUCCACUUCCAUCUCAAAACUACUUUCCAGACACUCUUUCCCAGCACCAGCACCAGCACCACCAACACUGGUUCUUCUUCCCGCUCGCAAAGCUCCCCCGGAAUAACCUACCUUAACACCGCCAACCACGUCUAUCGCUUCAUUCUCGCCCUCUGCCUUGUCACGCAUCUCCCAAUCCUAGUUCUCUCGCUCCUCCCUCCAACAUUCAUCCCCUCCACCUACCCGACCCUGCAAACAAGGUCACAACAGACCCCCUCCGCAAUCUAUAUCCCGUACUUUCCGUCCACAUCUCAUAAGGUCUCUUCGCUAGCAGAAGGCGUCCACACUUUCCUGAUCUGGGAUGUGUAUGUCGGGUCGUUUGCGUUCCUGCUUUGGGGGAUUCUGAUGUAUCGGAAUGCCACGACGACAGACAAGACGGGUGUGGAUUCCAAGAAGAGUCAGUCGUGGGGGAGCUUGCUGGUGAAGGUGGGGGUGUGGUGUGGUUUGGCUGGGCCGGUGGGAGCCCUGGCUGUUUUGCUGUGGGAGAGGGAUGGGAUUGUUACGCAGAAGAUCAAGCAGGGAAUCUAAAGUUGAGAAAGUGGUUAUGAAGAGGUGGAUUUUUGUUCCAUUGGAGUGGAGUUUCUGGAUGUUGAUUGCAUCGGUGAUUUGAAGCUAUGAAAAAUGUAUUCAUUUCUCCCUUCACCCCCUUAUGGCGGGUCGGGUUUUGGCUGAUUUGGCAUUGGAAGUCUCUAUUCACUUCCAGCAACCACAUGAUCUGCAUCUUAUAUAUAAUCCAAAAGUCCCAAAACCAUCAACCGUGCUCAGCCACAGACAGAGAGCAUCAACCAUUCCGACCAUGUUCGAGCGAUGAUGAUGCCAAAUGUCAACAUCAUCCAGAUUUAGAUUUCACAACAGCAAGAUUCCGCCUCAUGCAUCAAACAAUCGCACACCUAUAGCACCAUGCCAUCAAGUUCAUCCUCCCGCUGCAGUCUAAACGUGAGACAAAGUCAAAAGUUAUUGACAACAGAGACUGAUAUGACACCAAGUGUACGAACUCGUAACUCAAUUCAAU